AUGCCCAAGGUCGUGUGCGUGUGGCGCGGCUCGGACGAGAUCGACAACGCUAUCGAGCGCCUCGACGAAGCGAAGGUACAGCUGUUGUAUUCGAAGUUCCCUGUAGGCUCGGGCACCUUCAAGCGCAACAAGUUUAUCUACGUACAGUAUAUUGGCCCCAAGUGCAGCAUUGUGAAGCGCGGCCAGGGCAUCAAUGAGAUCACCAACUUUACGACAAACAACAUUUGCGGCGUCCCUGGCUUCUCAACGACCGACAAGGCGUCUCUCUCUUUUGAGUCCCUUGUGCGGCACAUGCGCGACACCUUCGUCAUGGACAGCGGCAACUUCUCCAUGGAGCAGAUCCGCGAGGAGUACCGCGAGCGACUAGCAACAGAACAGAUGAUGAUGCAUCAGGAGCGUGAGCAGGCGGCAGUAGUGGCCGCCACGGCAAAGCGAGGACGUCGCAACACAGCACCAAGCGUUCGAUUGGCGCCGAAGCCGGUUCCGCCGCCGAUGGCGAAGGAGGAGCGUCCGAGCAGCCCGGUCGAGGUGUCGGUGCAGACGAACCGCGUCAUGACGUCUCUGCGCCAGGACAACGGCUUCAUUAACUGGGUCGUUUUUGAGUCGAAUUUGGAGGUACUGACGGUGCGUGCCUACGGCGAGCAUGGCAUCUUUGAGAUGGUGCAGAAUCUGCCUGAUGAGGAGUGGCUCUUCGGGCUCUUUCGCAUCUCCUUUUCCAACGGCGAAGUCCAUCAGCGCCGAAUGAUUUUCUUCCAGUGGAUCGGUAGUAGUUUGAAGGCGAUGCGCGGUGGUAGUCACGCCGGGGUUUACCCAGCAAUGGCAAAGGCCCUCUCCCCCUUCAACUACGAGAUUUACCUCGUUGGCCGGCAAGACCUGAACCCGAAGGCCAUUAUCGCAAAGUCGAAGAGCGCCUUCCGUACCUCGGCAGACAGGAAGAUUGGUGUAGCGCGGGAUUUCAUGAUAGACAGCACUGUUUUUACAGAAGAAAACUACCGUCAAUCACUCGUUGAGGAGCAGGCGAACGCGGAGGCGUUCGAGGAGCGUCCAAAGAAGACGCAUCGACUCACCAUGCCAAUCAUUCCUGACGGCACGGAGCAGAACUCAGCGAGCCUGGCCACAACCAUGAAGGCCGACAGCCCAGCGGCGCAGAGUUUCUCCAUUGAAGAGACAAUCGAUCUGGUGCAGGCGAAGGAGGGGGGACUCGUGUGGGCCAUUUUUGAGGUCCUCUAG